UUCUUAGCAUAUCAAAAUGGCUAAUUUUCACGUCCAAGACCUGCAAGCUCAAAUGAAAUUGUUUUAUCCCCCAGAACAUUCCGAGGUCCACGACGUCAUCUCAACGCCAAUAUUCACAGACCAAGUCGGCAAAUACCUCAAACAACACGCCCCCAAAAAGAAAGCACCCCAAUAUGGACUGCUGGCCUGCGACAUCUCCAAUGGUUCAGCGCUAAACGAGUCUUCUAGGUUGUUCUACAACGUUGCGGCUCCUUCUAGCGUCUUUAUCUGUGGGAGUCAAGGCUCUGGAAAGAGCCAUACAUUGGCAACGCUACUGGAGAAUUGUCUCGUGAGAUCCGUUGCGAAUGUCUUGACUCGACCGCUGGCAGGGCUGGUCUUUCAUUAUGAUUCCUUCGUAUCGGAUUCAGGUGGUAUCCCAUGCGAAGCAGCGUGUCUGUCCUCUAACAAGAAAGUAUCUGUUAGAGUACUCUGCCCUCCAACAAAUACGGCGACUAUCAAGAAUAUCUACGCCUGUCUCCCCAACGUCACGGUUCAAGAGCUUCGCUUCAGUCAAGAUGACCUAAACACAAAACGCAUGUUGAACCUGAUGGUAGCAAGCCCGGGCCAAGGCGAAAAAAUGCCACUAUACCUUCACACCGUUAUGCGCAUUUUGCGAGAACUGAGAAUCAAGCAGCAACAGCGAGGAGGGGGCUUCAACUACCAAGAGUUUAAGAAUGCCAUGAAAGCUGCGAAUCUCACUAAACAGCAAUCUGCUCCUCUUCACCAACGACUGGAAACACUGGAGAGCUUUAUGGUGAAGCAGGACGCUCCUGCGGAAGGACCAAAAGGUAAGAAAGGGGAGGGAAAAGCAGCGCCGAAGAACCGAGGCAGAGUUGACUGGACACCUGUUAGUGGCCAGCUGACCAUCAUCGACCUAUCCUGCCCAUGCGUAACCGCAGAACAAGCAUGCUCUUUAUUCGAUAUAUGUCUCAGUCUCUUCUUCGAGCAGAAAACAGACUUGGGACGAGUAGUGGCACUGGAUGAGUCACACAAGUACAUGAACAAUACCAACGAAAGCAGCGUUUUCACAGAGUCCCUCUUGUCUGCAAUCCGCCUCCAACGCCACAACGGUACGAGAAUCAUUAUAUCUACACAGGAGCCUACAGUAUCUCCGAACCUAUUGGAUCUCUGCUCCAUCACAAUUGUGCAUCGUUUCACAUCGCCGGUCUGGCUUCAAGUUCUCCGGCGCCAUCUUGCGGGGGCUUCUGAUAAUGACGAGUCAGGCGCCAAAGGGCUGGAAACACCAAAUGAAAGCGAGCAGGGUUCUAAACAAUAUUGGACCAUUCCAGCAUCUGAGAUUUUCUCCAACAUUGUGCAACUCCGCACUGGUGAGGCAUUUGUAUUUGCUCCAAGCGCUAUAGUCGACGCUAUACCCAAGACUCACGCAGGGGCUUCUGUUGCACAGAAGGGUGGCGAUUGGCAACCGGUUUUUCUUGGUGAUGGAAUCAUCAAAGCGAUAGUUCGUAAUCGUAUUACUGCAGACGGAGGGAAGAGUAUUAUAGCUUCCUAA